ACAGCGUUCGUCACCAGCGUACACCGGCUAGGCGGAGUCAGCACUCGAUAUCAAAACAGGGGGUACACUAACAGAAAAAGUAACACCCAGAAGCUGUUGCUUAACCAGUAUUAGCGGUAUCACCGAUCCCUGUAGCGACUGAGCUGUCCUGUCCUCGACCUGAAAGCAAAGUGAAGUCAUCAUGGCACUGGUUGGAGUGAGAGUGAUCGAGCUGGCGGGCCUGGCUCCAGCACCGUUCUGUGGCAUGAUCCUGGCAGACUUUGGAGCCAAGGUGAUCCGUGUGGACCGCACCAAAGUUGCCAUGUCUUUGGACACACAAGCCCGGGGGAAACAAUCUGUGGCAAUCAACCUGAAGACAUCAGAGGGUGUAGCCCUGCUCAGGAAGCUCUGUGUCCAGUCCGAUGUGGUCCUUGAGCCCUACCGUAAAGGUGUGAUGGAGAAGCUGGGCCUUGGUCCACACGAGCUGUUGAAGGAAAAUCCUCGUCUGAUCUAUGCUCGCUUGACGGGGUACGGACAGAGUGGAUCUUAUGCAACCGCAGCCGGGCACGACAUCAACUACUUAGCCAUGUCAGGGCUUUUAUCCCGGCUGGGGCGCAGUGGUGAGAAGCCCUACGCUCCAUUGAACCUGUUAGCGGACUUUGCAGGCGGUGGUCUCACCUGUGCUCUGGGGAUAGUCCUGGCGCUGCUGGAGAGGACGAAGUCAGGGAAAGGACAGAUCAUUGAUGCUAGCAUGGUAGAGGGAGCAGCAUAUGUAGGUUCAUUUGUAUGGAAAUCUCGUAGCAUUGGUAUGUGGGACCGUUCAAAAGGACAAAACAUGUUGGACAGUGGAGCACCCUUCUACGAUACCUAUCAGACUUCAGACGGACAGUACAUGGCUGUGGGUGCCAUAGAACCGCAGUUCUACAGAGAGCUACUUAAGGGCUUAGAGUUGGAUGCUGGAGAGCUGCCUCCUCAGAUGAGCUUCAGUGAUUGGCCAGAGCUGAGACGGAUCUUCACAGAGCGUUUUGCUUCAAAAACCCAGGCGGAUUGGUCAAGGAUUUUUGAUGGAAUCGAUGCCUGUGUUACACCUGUGUUGUCUUUUGACCAGGUGAGCUCACACCCACAUAACCAGGAAAGAGCUUCCUUCAUCAAGGACUCCAGCAGGGAUGAAAGCCCCCGGCCGGCCCCAGUUCUCUCUCGGACUCCUGCAGAGCCUUGCCUUACCCCAGAUCCUGUUAUCGGAGAACACACGGUUGAGGUGCUAGAGGAGUACGGGUUUACGUCAGCGGAGAUAGACCAGAUGCGAGCAGCAGGGGUCGUAGAGUCUAAUGCUGUCAAAGCAAAGUUGUAGAGGACCAAAAGUCAAAAGCUUGUUUAAAAAAUCCACAUUUCUAUCUUUAUUAUGAGCUGUACGGUGGACAUAAUCGACCUGUCCCAAACUCUUUUUGCUCUGUGCUCCAAUAACAGUUCACACUCUUUAAAUGGGUCUUUUCAACAUAGAUGAGACUAGCACAUAGCAUAUUAACUACAGGGAAAGUUGGCCGAGGUUCUGGCCGAUGCUCACUAACCUGUUAUUGGAGCACAGAGCCAAAAGGGCGGGACUUAGGGCAUGCUAGUAAGUAAAAAAACAUGUAUUUUCUUUUCAUGAACUAGAAAUUCAACAGAGACACUAAGAAAAAAAACUUCCAUCCAUCUCAUCUCCUAUUUUCUUUCAUUCUCUCAGGCUGAGGAACCUGAUGUUUUCCAAGAUAUCUUACUUCGAGUGUAGGCGAUGUAGGUGAUUGGACGAGGUUAAAAGCCAUCCUGUGCACUCUCUCAGGGCACAUGGAUGCAGUUUGGGUUUGACAAUUCAACUCAACUUUUUUUAUGCAGCACCUUUCAUACGAACAUGCAGCCCAAAGUGCUUCACAUAACAAAUUGAAAUCGGUCACAGCUGUCAGUUUGAAUAGCUGCCUUCUUGUUUUUAGUUCCGCUUUUGCAGCACUUUUGAAAAACAGCCCUAGGAAGUGCUGCUACUCCUUAAAUCACAUAGUACUGAGGUGUGCUACAUUUUCCAGCUAAGAGUCAACCUGGUUUCCAUGUGCCAAAUGUUUGUGUAUAAAUCAACAGACACCAAAAAUGUGAAGUAAAUACUUCCUAAAUUGUUGUUGGGCUUCUAAGUUUGGCAUGCUAAUGUCUGAUAUCUCCUGAAUCCAGUUGUGUCGCGUUCCAGUUGCAUUUUGGCUCAGUGAUGCUUCUGUAAACUGCAAAUGUGGAAACGUACAUUUCUAAUACACUGUAGUUAAGUUGGUUUGCCCACAUUUUGGGGGUUUUACAAGCAUAAAUACACAUUUUCAGUUCAUUUAGAAGUGAAAACAUGUUUUGUGGCAGUACUUGGACGACCUUUUGUUGCCUCUGUGAUCUCUUAUUUUAAAUAUCAUUGUAGCCGAUUUCACAGUGCAGCUGUCGUCAUGAAGACAUGGGGUAUAAAACCACUAAAUCACAAGUGUAGCUGCCUUAAACCAGAGAGCAGGUUGUGUUCAGUUGUAUGCGAAAGUUUGGUCACCAAUUUUUUAAAAUUUAAAAUAUUUAAUCGUGAUUAAUCGUAUUAAUGUCAUAGUUAACUCGCAAUUAAUCGCAAUUAAUUGCACAUUUUUAUCUAUUCUAAAUGUCCCUUGAUUUCUUUUUGUCCCAUUAUUUUUUCUCAUUUUAAUGCCCUUAUUAACAUGGAAAAGAUCGGCUUGCUUUAUGCAAAUGUUGUUUUUAUUGAAAACAACAUUGGCAUAUACUGUAGUGUUCAAUUUCACACUAACAUUCUCACUUGGAGAAAAUAAUCUCUCACACAAUGUAACACUGUCCAUCAAUAAAAGGGUGAAAAAAAUACUCUGUCACACAAACAACCCCUUCAACAUAUAACAUAUAAUAGCUCAGUUCACAACGACAAAACACACAGAUCACUUUGGUCUUGUCAAUGGAACCAUUUGGAAACUUUUUAAAAGUAAACUUCCCAUUCAGAAUAUUAUUAGCAUCCAUUUCGGCGUCUCGCACUCGCCAUCCACUCAAAAGGUAACAUCUACUACUCUUAAACAAGUGUGUGCGGUGUGCCUGUUUCCGGUCUAGCUAGAUCCGGUGUGGUGUUGUAGUUUUUCUAAUGUUACUAGUUGUUGCAACAGCAUGUGAAAAAAACUACAAAGUGUCCUAGGCCAAAAAGAACGCUAAUCUUGUGAUAAAAAAAUUUACACCGUUAAAAUGGGUUUGCGUUUACGCCGUUAAUAACGCAUUUAACUGACAGCACUAAUUGUUAGGUUGUUUUUUUCUUUAUAAUUGGGCAUACUUUACUGUCAGUACUUAGUAAACACCUGGCAGAUAUCACAGCUGGCAAACAAGUUUUGUAGUUGCUAAAAGUCUAUUAGAUCUUGUAUUUGGGUGCUUUUCACAUUAUUUCUUUCAAAAGGCUUCUAGUUCAGCAGUAUUCUUGGGGGCAUGCACAGUUCUUAAGAUCUACCCACCGAUUUUCAAUAUUUAAGUCAAACUGUGAGGGUCAUUCCAAAACCUUCAGCUUGCGUCUCUUGAGGUAGUCCACGGUGGAUUUGGAGGCGGACUUUAGGAUGAAUAUGGAGAUGCCACAUUUCACACUGUUGAAACUGCAGGCUGACAAUGCUUUGCUAUGUUCUUGUAGCCUUCUCCUGCAUUGUGGGCAUCAAUGGGCAUCAAUAACUUCCAUUUUCAGAGUCUUACACAGCUGCAUAGAGGAACCUGUGAUUGGUCAGUGUUAGCGCACGGUUUGAAGAAUCAGUGUAUUUGUAAAGCUUUGAAAUUGGCACCAGCUGAUGUUUCCUAAUGACAACUGUUCACAUGCCUCAGGCCUAACGAGCUGAUGAAAGUUGAGGCCUUGUAUAAAGAAUCUGAGACCGCAGAACUCAUAGGCUGCCCAAACCUUUGCACAUGCUAUAAUGAUGUUUUUUUUUUUUGGGUGAAUUUCUGAAAUAAAACGAGACAAUGUGCGCUGCAAAUAUUAUGCUUUAUGUCCCAUACCCUCGUGAGGCUGUGUCUACAUCUUUUAAAUGAAAAAAAUCACCAAAAUGUGUUAUUUGUCAAGGGGUGGCCAGACUUUCAAAAUACAGCUGUAUUUCUCAAGAAAAUGUCAAAUGAAAUGCAUCAUUAAAUAUUCAUUUUAAGUCAACUGUCAAUAAAUACAUGCAUUUAUAUACAUUUACAAGUAAAUUUCAGAGACGUGAGCUACUCUGAGAUAAAUAGACCCGGCACAUAAGGAAGGCAGAGCAGAGAAAAGAGCUGCGAGUGACACGCAUCCGUCACAAAGAUGGCACCUAGAAGGAGUGAAUCUUCUCCGGCAGCCAUAAAUGACGCAGGCAGAUCCAGUGGACGUGGGCCGUCAACUGUGGUUUUGUGGUACCUGUCAAACUACCUGUUGAUGCACAUUGAAAGAGCUACAGGAGGAGUUUAUGGGAAUUUCAAAUAUAAAACACCACAUUACAGUUAUUUAUACCAGACAUUAAUUAAAAUGAAAACUUUUCAUUAUUAAGAAGAAGAAAACUAGAUUGCUUUUUUUAAAAAACAUUUUACUCAUCAAUACCAUUUUGUACAUUGUAAUUUAUAUAGUUGGCGUCAUCUGUGGAGAACUCAUUGCAGCCGAAGGUUUAAAUGAUUGGUUUCAACUGAUUAAAUACUCAGAACCUCUGUGGGGAGAUGCCUAAUGAUAAUUAAUGAACUUGAUUCAUGUUAAAUCGUGUGCAGUGUGUGUAUAUUUUAAAGCUGAUACACACCCGCUUAAAUCCCCUUCAGACAUGUAUGAAGCCAUGUAUACAAAUAAACUGCUUGGAACAAUAA